AUGUCGAUGUUCCGCUCCACCGUUGCGGCGGUUCUAGCCGCUGCUGGCAGCAUCUCAUCUAGCGUGCCCGUCAGCAGUCAAGCUCCUGUCCACACUGCCAUCUGCAGUACGGUGCUUGGAUUAUCCCCAGUUGCUUCAGUGCCUACGACCACUAUCACUCGUCGCAUUCAUGACCCGUCUCCCGUCGUGGUCUUCUCCACGAUUCAGGACACCGUCACCGUGACUCCAGCAGUGUCAACCCUGACGGCGACGGACUAUGAGACCACCACUAUUACUUCCACUGCAAGCACUGUCACAGACGUGUUCUCAACAACGUCGACUGAAUUUGAUACUGCCACUUUGACGGUCACCCCUGAUGACAUUACCUCGACGGCCGUUUCGACCGUGUCGAUCACCGUCACCACCACCUCAACGAUUGCAGCCUCUGAUUCCUUCACUCCCAUCGUAGACACAUUGACUACCGCUAUGCCCAUCUACAAUGACAAGCGAUCAUUCGAGCCCUCCCUGGACAAUGACUGCUCUCCUAUUCUGGACGAUUAUAAGUACGCCCAAGAGGUUGUCUGCCUUGAGAAGAUUAUCCUCAAGACCACGACAAUCUCAACUGUGACCGAGGCGCCCACCACUGCCACCGCUGCUGCUCCUUCCACCACCGUGACAGAGACCAACACCAUCACCACCAGCUCCGUGGUCGUUCCUGACGAUGUCUCCACCACACUCAGCUACAGCACUACUUCCACCAUUACCGAAACUUCCACCGCGCCUGCAGUGACGGAUACCGUGACAGCUACAACCACCAUUACGGCUGCCAUCAGCACUACCUCUACCUACGCGGCAUGCGCUACCAACAACAUUGCUGGCGUUCCUCUUUCCUCGGACUUUGGCGGCUUAGCAGGAGAUUACAUCGGCACGUUGGCCUGGAAUAACGUUCCCGGCUACACCGUAUCCGUUAAUGCUGUCUCAUCUUCCGUUGAAGAUUGCUGUAUCAGCUGUCAGGAAGACUCGGCUUGUGCCUUAUCUGGAUACUACGAGUACAGCAGCUCGAAAUAUUGCUACCUGAUCAAGACAACCACCUGUUCCUCGUCUACCACCUAUGGUUGGGCUUAUUUGACCUCUGACGUGUUGACAUAUUCAUUUCAGGCGUCCAAUGGAAACUGUGGUCAAUGGAGAGAGUCGUCAUAG